CCUCUUUGUCCCAGUCGUCUGGGACAUGCUGCUUGACUGCCUGUCGGCCGAGGGCGAGCAGCGCUGCAGGCAGCUGCUAGCGGAGAACACUUCCCGGCUACGCUCGCGGCCCGCGGCGGCCGCAGUGCUCGUGCCGCUGUGCCUGGUGCGGGGCGUCCCGGCGCUGCUCUACACGCUGCGCUCUAGCCGCCUGGUCCGGAAGCACAAGGGGGAAGUCAGUUUCCCAGGUGGUAAGUGUGAUCCUAACGACCAAGAUGUAAUACAUACGGCUCUUCGGGAGACUCAGGAAGAGCUGGGCCUAGAGGUGCCCAAGGAGCACGUGUGGGGUGUCCUGCAGCCCGUAUAUGACCGGGGGAAGGCAACCAUAGUCCCCGUGCUUGCCAACGUGGGCCCACUGGAUCUGCAGAGCCUCAGACCCAACCCUGCGGAGGUGGAUAAGGUAUUUGAGUUGUCUCUGGCCCACUUACUGCAGACACAGAAUCAUGGAUAUACCCACUUCUGCCAGGGCGGUCACUUCCGCUACACACUACCUGUCUUCUUGCAUGGACCACACCGCGUCUGGGGCAUCACAGCUGUUAUCACUGAGUUCACCUUGAAGCUGCUGGCCCCUGGCAUCUACCAGCCCUGCCUGGCCGCCCCCAAGCUGCCUAGGGGUUGAGACCUGCUUGGCCUUGAAGUGCCUCUGCCUUCAUUUGGCCAGGUUACUCCAGAACUGAUUAAAAGAGUCUUCCGCAACUCUA